AUGGCCUCGGACGGCGGCGAUGGUCCCAAGGACGACCCCGAGACCUGGUCCCUUCCCACCGUCCUCGGCGUCCGGACCUCCGAGCGCUCCCCGGAGCGGUCGCAGCGGCUCUCCGCGUCGCGGCCCGCGCGGCCCGCGCCGCCCCGGGGCGGCAGCGGGGGCGGCAGCCGGGGCGCUUUGACGGAGGACAUGGCGGAAAUUGAGGCCGAACUCUUGAGAGGAGUGAGUUUGAGUACUGCCUUGAAUGGAUUGGGAAAGCACUGGAAACUUCCAUCUUUGACCAGCAUGUACGAGAUUCAGCAAAAGAGCGCCUACAAAUUGAGCUUCGAAGUGGCAGCAUUUCAUCAUUUCUUGAGCCACGAUUGGAAAACCAGCCGCUGGGCCAAGUAUUGGUCAAUCCUGAUCCUCUUCAACCUCCGUGCAGCUACCAUUGCCACUUUUCUGGCGGCCGUCUUGGUGGGUAUGGUCGCUGCGCGAUUCCUGCCGUGGCUGAUCUUCGUUUUCUCCCUCUGCUUCUGGCAGAGUCUGCGCAGCGUUUUCAGACGACCCUUGGUCGUGUUCGUUGACAAACUCUGCAUCGCGCAGCAUGACCCGGCGCUCAAAGCCAAGGGCAUCCGGGGGCUGUCGACUUUCCUGGACAGAUCGGAAGAGCUGACGAUCUUGUGGUCCUCCAGAUACUUCACCCGUCUGUGGUGUGUCUAUGAACUGGCCACUUUCCUCCGUCAUGGCCAAGCACAGCAGGUGAAGCUGUUUCCCGUGGCUAUGGCGCGGGUCUUGUUGGUCAUUGCCAGCUCCAGUGUCCCUGCGAGAAUCCUGGAUGAUUUCAACUACAUUUUGGGAUCUUCCGAUAUUUUCGCGGCUGUCAUCCAAUUUGCUUGUAUCUUGCUGGUGCAACCGCUGAUUCUUUACCUGUUGUUGGGUGUGAUGGCCGACGUCCAGAACCUCGAGAAACAGUUCAAGGAAUUCUCCAUCCAAAAGUCACAAUGUUUCUGCUGCACCAGUGAUCAUCGACAUCCUGACACCGGUGAGACAUUGAUGUGCGACCGGAAGUUCGUCUAUGAAGCUGUCAGAACCUGGUAUGCAGCGGGGGCUGAUGGAGACAAUGGAGAUUCAAUACAUUUUGAGAAAUUCGACCAAGUCGUGCGAACCAGCUUGCGUAGCAGCGUCUUGGAAGGUGCUGAAACCGUGAUCCUUCCCUUCAAAAUCGUGUUUUGCCUGGCAGUUGUGAAUCAAGCACCAGCUGUUGUUCAGAUGAUGACGUGGUCAGAGGCUGAUAUGCUGCGGUAUGGUGUUCCUCCAGUGUCUGAAACAAGUUUCGCGCGAUCUGUUUGGAGGGUAAUCGCUUGGGUCUGCUUUGUUUGGGUGAAACAAUUGGUCUUCAUCUUAGUCGAUGCCGGCUUUUUAUUUCGAAUCUGCAAGUGGAGCUCCCACUUGCUGCGGAUGUCCCGGCUGAAAGUGACACUGCUGGUGUCACCACUGCUGGUGUUGGUAUCUUUAAUUUACAUCACCGCCAUUGCCACAUCAUAUGGAGAUUUCAUCGUUCCUUUUCACAUCAUGUUCGAAUGGCUUCCAGUUGUGACAGCUGGAUGGUGGUUGUUUAUAUCAUGCUUGUACAGAGUGGGUCCCUUCAGCUGA